GCUCAGCACCGCUGAAAAGCGGCCCAGACCCACUGCGCCGGCGCGCGGUGCGGUGCAUUUCGGGACCUGUAGUUUGCCCGCAGCAUUGUGGGAGUUGCGGUUCCCGUGCAGUCCCGGCGCUGGAACCUCCGCGUCCUGGAGCUAACAGCAAGACCUGCCCUUCGGGCUGCUCUCCUCAUGUGCUUGUCUGAGGGGGCCUGCAGUGACCCAGAGUGAAUCCGCCCAACAUGAACUGGAAGGUUCUGGAACACGUGCCCCUGCUACUGUAUAUCUUGGCAGCCAAAACCUUAAUUCUCUGCCUAGCAUUUGCCGGAGUCAAAAUAUACCAGAGGAAAAGGUUGGAAGCAAAACAGCAACAACUGGAAGCUGAGAAAAAGAAGCAGUCGGAGAAGAAGGAGAACUAAAGGGAAGUCAGAGAAUUUACGUUUACAUGUCAGCCUGAGUGGAUUCUGGCCGAGAAGAAAGAGGAGACAAUCACGGAAUGAUGUGUCAGAGGAUAAACUCCCAACCUGUAGGGUUAACUUAAAAUUAUAUGAACUUUUGGGGUGCCUGGGUGGCUCAGUGGGUUAAGCCUCUGCCUUCAGCUCGGGUCAUGGUCUCGGAGUCCUGGGAUCGAGGCCCACAUCAGGCUUUCUGCUCAGUGGAGAGCCUCCUUCUCCCCCACAGCCCCACUCUCUGCCUGCCUCUCGGCCUACUUGCGAUCUCUCUGUCAAAUAAAUAAAUAAAAUCUUUUAAAAAAUUAUAUGAACUUUUUAUGCUCUUAAAAGAACCUGUAUUUUGUUUAUUAAAAUAAAACAGCUUUGUAAAAAA